UGCGGGCCGGGCGCCCGGUGCUCACCCGCCGGAGCCAAUUUGCGGUAGGCUCGGGCCCACGCCUUAAGGGGUUAAACCUUUCUCAUGUUACCGAGCGGCUUAUAAGGAGGGGGAGGCCAAGCCUCCGCCUUAUUGGGAGCCUUUUGGGGUUUAUUCUCUUCCCUUCUAACUUGAUUAAGAAUGACCCAAAAGACAUCACAGCUUUGUUCCACAGCCAAUGUUUAUACUCAAGUGCCUGAUGGAGGAUGGGGCUGGGUGGUAGCUGUGUCUUUUUUCUUCGUUGAAGUCUUUACCUACGGCAUCGUCAAGUCAUUUGGCGUCUUCUUUAAUGACUUAAUGGACAGUUUUGAUGAAUCUAACAGCAGGAUCUCCUGGGUCAUAUCAAUAUGUGUAUUUGUCUUAACAUUUACAGCUCCCCUCUCUGCUGUCCUGAGCACCCGUUUCGGACACCGUCUGGUGGUGGUGGCCGGGGGCCUGCUUGUCAGCACAGGAAUGGUGACGGCCUCCUUCUCCCGGGAGCUCUACCACAUGUAUAUCUCGAUCGGCGUCGUCUCCGGUUUGGGAUACUGCUUUAGCUUCCUACCAACUGUCACCAUCUUAUCUCAGUACUUUGACAAGAAGCGCUCCAUGGUCACUGCAGUUGCUUCCACGGGAGAAUGCUUCGCGAUGUUCGCUUUCGCCCCAGCGAUCACGGCGCUGAAGGACAGCAUCGGCUGGAGGUACAGCCUCCUCUUCGUGGGCCUGCUGCAGCUCAACAUUGUCGUCUGUGGGGCGCUGCUGAGACCAAUUGUCAUACGAGGACCCGGGUCCCCGAAAGCAGCCACCCACGAGGGUCGGAAAGAAGUGCAGUAUAUGCUCGAGAAUGAGAAAACACGCACCUCAAUAGACUCCAUUGACUCAGGAGUAGAACUAACUACCUCACCAAAAAAUGUGCCUAGUCACGCCAACACAGAACUGGGACCAAAGGGCGACACACAGCAGGUCCUCGUGGGGAUGGGCUCCAAGCCAAGCCACCAGACAGCCCCUUUGUUAGACUUCUCAAUCUUGAAAGACAGAAGUUUUAUCUGUUACGCGUUGUUCGGUCUGUUUGCCACCCUGGGGUUCUUCGCGCCUUCCCUGUACAUCAUCCCCUUGGGCAUCAGCCUGGGCAUUGAGCAGGAGCGGGCUGCUUUUCUGUUAUCCACGAUGGCCAUUGCCGAAGUUUUCGGAAGGAUCGGAGCCGGCUGUGUGCUCAGCCGGGAGCCCAUCCGCAAGAUCUACAUCGAGCUCAUCUGCGUUGUCUUGCUGAUGGUGUCUCUGUUUGCCUUCACUUUCGCCGCCGAGUUCUGGGGUCUCAUGUCAUGUAGCAUCUUUUUUGGGUUCAUGGUUGGAACAGUUGGGGGAACCCACAUUCCGCUGCUCGCCGAAGACGAUGUCGUGGGAAUCGAGAGGAUGUCUUCUGCUGCUGGAGUGUAUGUCUUCAUUCAGAGCAUAGCAGGCCUGGCCGGACCACCCCUUGCAGGGCUGCUGGUGGACCAGAGCAAGAUGUACAGCCGCGCCUUCUACUCCUGCGCCGCCGGCAUGGCCGUGGCUGCCGUGUGCCUCGCCCUCGUGAGACCGUGUAAAACGGGACUGUGCCAGGGUCACCCUGCGGGUGAAGGACAGGCAGAGAGUCCUCGUGGGAAAGCUUUACAAGACAUACCUGAAGACUUUCUGGAAAUGGACCUUGGGAAAAAUGAGCAUAAAGGUCACGUGAAAACGGAGCCAGUGUGACAGGCUCCCGGGCAGGGCCGCCACCCUGCUGGCCCGGAGGCAGGUGGAUGG